AUGAAAGGCCAGACACGGUUUGGCGUGAAAGGAAAAUUGGCACCAAGAUAUGUUGGACCCUAUGAAAUCCUUGAGAAAAUUAAUUCAAUGACUUAUUUGGUAGCUUUACCACCAGUCAUGGAACACAUGCACAAUGUAUUUCAUAUCUCUAUGCUUCGGGAUUAUUUGAGAGAUCCACUACAUGUAAUUGAGCCGACUCAUGUACUUCUCAAAGAUGAUUAUACAUACGAGGAGAGGCCAAUACAAAUUGUGAAUCGCCGAGUCAAAAGAUUGAGAAACAAAGAAAUUCCGUUAGUGAAGAUUGAUUGGAAGAAUCAUGGAGGAACCUAUGCAACUUGGGAGACAGAAGAAGACAUGAUGAGAAGAUACCCUGAGUUGUUUCCUUUGAAUCUGGUGUUCUUCCAAAAUGAAAGUAACUUGAGUUUAGAGGACCAAACUCUUUAA